UAUCAAGUCCGCCAAGUUUUACCUUUGUUUAAGAAUCAGGAAUAAGUUAUGUGCUUAUUUUGAAUACUAUAAUUCAGGUGAAUUUAAAUGAAAUGAAAUAAUUACAUAAUAACAUAAUAACACAUGCAAGGAUUGCAUAGUUCUUGGACGAGCGGUGUUGAAAGUCCAUGUUUCCAUGUGAAAGAUUUAAAAAUAACUUAUCGAAAUCAGAUACUCAUAUAUGGCGGAAUGUCAGGUUUCAAUGUCAAAUACAAUUGAAACUGAGAAGAAUGAAACCAACGAAAAAGAAACGGAAAUAUUGUGUCAGCUGUGUCAGGAAGAAGGGCUCUCUUUAAAGGCAAAGGGAUAUUGUCUGGAUUGUAGAGACUACCUCUGUGAAACAUGUUUUGACAGCCACUGCAGGCCUCGCCCAUUGAGAACGCAUCGAUUGCGUAAGGUGGAGGAGUUGUCAGUUUCAGAGAAAGAAAUUAAAAACGACAAAAACGAUGAUGACAUUUCACAAUUGGUAUGCAAGAUCCAUGAUGGGAAUGUUAUUCUUUCAUACUGUGGAUCACAUGGACAAUUUUGUUGCGAGAGGUGUCUCAGUAUCGGUCAUGUAGCAUGCAAGGACUUGACCGAUAUUAACAAGUUAACAAAUGAGAUAGACAAUCAGAGUGAAUUCAAGUCAUUUUGUGCAUCUAUGGACUACUUUAAAACGAAAUGGAAGACAGAGAAAAAAAGAGCAUUGUCGAACCUAGAUGACGUAAAUCGUUCCUAUGAAACUACCGUUAGUUUUGUAACUAGCAAAUUGGAUGAAAUGAAAAAAGCAGACAACGCUUACAUUGAUUCGGUCUUAUCGGCAUGUGAAAGUACCAUUAGCCAGCUUGAAAAAUGGCGAGCAGAUGUUGAGGAUUUCAAAUCGAAAAAACAAAUCAGGAAAUUGCUUCAUUUGAUGCAAACUGCACAGUCUCAGUUAGUCGUAAUGGAUGAGUACAUCCAUACUUCAUUUGGUAAAAGCCAGAUCACUCGAUACUGUAUUGGCAAUGUGCAACCUUCAGAAACAUCUAUUAUCACCAUUGCAAAAACACCCUUUAUGUUGAAGACGUUGAACGUUGAGGUUGUUCCGCCUAGAUCUUAUUUUGCAUAUAGUAAUCAGCCAAAAAAAGAUCCUGUAAAAAGCCAUAUAAGCGAUAUACAUUGUUUUAAUAAAACACAUUUGCUAGCUGCCAACCAAUCAAGAAACAUGAUUCAUCUGAUUAAAGCUACGGGAAAUCAAGUUAUCACAAGUCAUAAUGUAAAUGGUUCACCUUUACAGAUGAGUAUCGGGGAACACAAUGAUGUAUAUUGUAACAUGGGUGUUAAUAUUGUCCAUCUACAGCAACAAGAUAACAAGUUGGGUUUUAAAAACGGCGACAAUAUUCAAACUAAAACUCAAUAUCAUACGAUCGAUUAUUACAACCAAAAGUUAAAAGUCAUUGGAGGGAAACCGUUACAACUGGCUGAGCUUACGCUUGACGGAAAGCUAGACAGAAUCGUGAACAAAGACUUGUCGCAAACUAAAGAUGCAGACGGACAGUCGCUCAUUUCUUCCGUUUCUUUUUCAACUGUCGACAAAUCGACUGGAUCAGUAUUCGUUCCCGGAAAUAAUUCCAUCGUUGAAAUAAAAAAUGAUGGUACGGUAGAACUAUUCGCAUACUCAGAGCUGCUAAAGUCGCCACAGAACAUACGAGUGUUGGAAGAUUCCUCCCUCCUUGUUGCAAGUAGAGAGAACAAGAAUGUUUACAGAGUCUACCGUAGUGGCCACGUGUCAAGCGUGUUGCCAGAACCCCUGGAUUUUCCCGUGGUGGCCAUUGGCUAUGAUACCGAGGAAAGACGUCUUUUCGUAGGUGGAGAGAGUGAUAAUGUGUCUGUUUAUCAACUGUAGACUUUGAAGUGCUCGGCCUAUUGCUAAACAUGUAGUGGACAUUGCUUAUGAUGCUAUGGAAAUACUUGUUUAUGUUGGUGGAUUGCGACUAUGGCUUGUAUUAACUGUUUAUUAUCACAAAUAUACGCAUGCACUGGAAAGAUAACAUGGCCUGCCUUUUGAGAGACUUGUGGUGACUUUUGACCAUCAUGCAGAAAAAGGUUGUUUUUCUUUAGAUGGAGGGAUUGGCUUAAUAGGAGGAGAAAUCACUGUUUUUCAUAAGAGGCGAGGUUGAUUGAUGUUCAUGUUUAUCAACUUUAGUGUGCUACAACACGAUUAUAAAUGCUUGAAGAUUUCCAAUUGUGUCCAAACACAAUGAUAGUUGGGAAAAGGCGGGAAAGUUGGCUGAGAGUGACUUUGUGUAUGUGCAUCAACAUUUAAAGGAGUUAAGCAGACAUGGUCAGCGUAUCACGAGACAUGUAGUUGCCAGACACUCAUGAUGAAGCUGAAGAGAAUCUUCUUAAUGUUAGUGUAUAUUGUAUUGUCUUGUAUCAACCGUAGUGUGCGACGAAACUGUGCAAAAUCCAGUUAGUUUAAACAAUCAAGUAAUUAAGGAUUAAACUGUCUUAGAACGUUAUAAUCAUAUGUUGGUGGAGAAUGUGGUUGUGUUUUGGUCAACACAAUUCAUGUUUAUCAUGAUGUAAUUUGUGUCUAAAUCCAUAUUUUAUAUUUGUAUGACACGUGCUUGAAUAUGUUUUACUUUAUUUAGGGCACAUGUAGCAAGGUUCUUUAUCUUCCAAUAAACGUACAUUCUACUCUUUUCAUCACACCACUAACCUACAAAAUGUAAUCUCUGUAGCUUGAAGUAAGUUAUUGUGAAUUAAAUGUAAAUAUUG